AUGGCACAGUUUUCAAAGCAACGUUCCCCUCAGGGAUCUGAUACUUGUGAAUCUGAAGUCAUUGCGAAUCCUCUCACUUUGGAUCAAAUGCCAUAUGAGAUAAUCCUGAAUUUUCUGGAGGAAAUGCCUGACAUCAGAUCCGUCCACGCCUUUGCAUCUUCUUGCAAAGCUAUUUACGGCGUAUUCAAGAGAAACGAACUGCAAAUACUGUCAAAGGUGUUUCUCUACAAGAUGGACGAAGGCGUUCGUAAGGAAGCCACCAUCACUGAAUGCUUGAAACGAGAGAAGUGGAAGGACCUCAGGGACGGUUUCGAAUCUAUCCUCCGCGUGUUCCACAAUGUGCAGGACAUCUGCAAACAAGAUAACUCUUUGGAAAACAUCAAAGACAUGUGGAGACUUCACAAGAGUGUUGAGUACUUCGCCGAUCGAAUCCCGACCACACUACUUAGAGACCAUCCCGUCACUAGCGUGGAAGGCCACUUCUCUCUCACUCCAAAGGUUCGAGCUCGUUUUCAGCGGGCUUUGUAUCGUUUGUCUUCGUACCUGGUCAUCACUGAGAAGAGCGAGGCUGCGUCCUUGUCAAAUGGUGCUCAAGAGAGACGUAUUCUUCCUGAUGAGGAGAGGGAGUCUGAUCGAGUAGAAUCACUCCCUACAUUCGAUGAACGUCAUCUACCGGAGGCCUUUUGUACCCGUUACUCUGCGGUUGAAGUGGAACAGGUGGCCUCCGUUUGCUUUCUUUUGAUCGUCGAGAUCGCACCAGGUGAGUGGCUUGUUUCCAGGGCACAUCAAAACCCUCCUACUGACUCAUAUGUAGGUUUCAAUCACUUUAUCGAACAUGAUAUCGAAUUCGGUUCACGUUUUGAUGAAUAUAUCACCACUCCCAUGCACCCGGCUGCAACGAACUUGGUCGCUCUCGGGCUCACUUUUUGGAAUCGAUUUUUGAUGGCCACCACGCGAGAUGAACUGUACGAGCUUGUCCAACCCAUGGUUGACCAGAUCCCAUUUGGCCCAGAUGCCAAAAAUCGGGUCAUUUAUCCGAUUGCAGGAGUGUCAUACCUGAGGCAAACGUUUGAGCUUGCAGUUGGGCCCUAUCUCACCCUUUGGGAAAAUGGCAGGACCCCAGACUUGUUCAUGAGCAUCCCUUUCUUCGACGAUCACGACAGCGGCCCAGCGAGCGCACGGUCCAACAUGGGUAUGUUUGUAGGUAAUAGGAACUACCGGGUAGACGAUGGACGCUUCGCGAUGCUUCAAACUUAUUCAUGGGCCUACGUCUUCUGGGAUCUCAAAAUGUUGGAGAAUUCCGGCUUCAGAGACAUCGAAAAAAAUGGCCGAAAUGAGAACGAUGCAGUCUUUCCCCAAGACCACCCCGUAGACAUCUGGUGGGAACCAUUGGAAGAGAAGCAGACACUCGCUAGCCAUAACAGCUUGGCCCUUUCCAGUCGCGAGAAGCGCAAGGUGCUCGAGAGCGGCCAGACUGGCUACUUUGACUUUGAAACCUUUUGUGAGAACAACAAGGACCAAAUCUUUGGUAAUUUGACCCUCAGAUCUUAA